AUGAGAUCAGAGAAACUAGAUCGUGCCCCUCUGCUACCCGUGGUUCAACAGGUUGGCGAUAAAACAUCCGAUGAAGGCAGAUCGAUUUCUGGGGCUAUAUUCAACAUCUUGACUGGAAUGGUUGGUGCUGGAAUUAUGUCGAUUCCGGCAACUUUCAAGUCUAAUACUUACGGUGAGUUGAUGGCAGAGUCAUUUGGGAAGUUUGGAUCUGUUGCACUUCAAGUUUGUGUUAUGAUCGCCAACCUCGGUGCUUUGAUCAUCUAUUUGAUUAUCAUUGGAGAUAUCCUCUCCGGAAGCCAAGCUCAAGGAUCAUUGCACUUGGGCAUUUUACAGGAAUGGUUUGGCAUCCAAUGGUGGAACUCGCGUGCAUACUCUCUCCUUGUCAUUGUACUCUUUGUCUUGCUUCCGUUGCUGCUUUUUCGACGCAUAGAUUCCUUAAGGCAUGCCUCAGCUUUAUCUGUUCUACUAGUGGCAUUUUUUGUUGCCAUAUGCUCUGUGAUGGCAAUACAUGCAAUGUGGGUCGGGAAAACCCGAAGACCGAGGCUCGGACCAGACUUUGCAAGUGGUGUCUCAUUUAUUGACCUGUUUACCACCAUUCCAAUCUUUACAACGGCCUUCGGCUGCCAUGUAACUAUUCAUCCAGUCAGAGCAGAGCUUGGUAGACCUUCUGAUAUGAGGUCAGCAGUCCGGAUCUCUCUGGCGCUAUGUGUCGUAAUAUACUUUACUGUUGGCUUCGUUGGGUACUUGCUGUUUGGGGAAUCAAUCAUGGCCGACAUGCUUGUGAACUUCGAUAAAAAUCCGGAUUCUCUUGUUGGUAGAAUUCUCAAUGAUACAGUUAGGCUGAGUUAUGCAAUUCAUCUUAUGCUGGUUUUUCCUGUGAUGAACUACACGUUAAGGGUUAAUGUAGACGAAUUGCUCUUUCCUAAUAGACCUGCAGGAAGUGUGAGAUUUUUCUCUCUUACAUGUAUUCUACUUGGAUUCAUUUAUUUGGCAGCAAUAGCUAUUCCGAAUAUAUGGUAUUUCUUCCAGUUUAAUGGGACGACGACUGUCAUGUGUCUCAUGUUUAUAUUCCCGAGCUCAAUCAUUCUUAGAGAUGUGCAUGGGGUAUCUACCGGUUGGGAUAAGAUAUUGGCAGUAUUGACGAUCGUGCUAGCUAUUGGGACGAGUUUGGUUGCCAUUUUCUCAAAUAUCUCCGAUUACUUUUGCAAAAAAUGA